CGGACUCGGUAUCGAUCUCCUCGUCUGACCCGCUCCCGAUCCGACUCGCCUUCUCCCUCCCCUGAUCCACCCCCACCUCCACCUCGGCACGAAGAACCCAAAUCCCAAUCCCGCGAGACGAGCAGACCCUCUGAUUGUUCGGUCCAUCGAUCUGUUUCAAGUUUUCAACAUGUCCGGCGACAAGGCGGCGGUGGCGGUGCAGGCCGGCGGCGACGCGCAGCAGCAGAAGCCCGGCGCCGGGAACCGGAUUCAGGUGUCCAGCUCCAAGAAGCCGCUGUUCUUCUACGUCAACCUCGCCAAGAAGUACAUGCAGCAGCACGGCGACGUCGAGCUCUCCGCGCUCGGCCUGGCCAUAUCAACAGUUGUCACCAUUGCUGAGAUUCUGAAGAACAAUGGUCUUGCUGUCGAAAAGAAGAUUAGAACAUCCACUGUUGAAAUCAGUGACGAAAUGAGAGGCCACUCGAUCCAGAAAGCUAAGAUUGAGAUAGUGUUGGGAAAGACCGAGAACUUUGAUGAGCUGAUGGCCGCCAGCGCUGGAGAGGCAACCGCAGGAGAUGGCGAAGAGCAAUCCUAGAAAGUUCUAGAGUCUCUAGUUUUUCCUUCUUUCGCCUUUUCUGCCCUUUGCUAGUUCUUGUUAAAUUGAGGGAUGCUGAUGCUUGGCGAUGAAAUGUGUUUCGGUGUGUCUACUUGUGAGGCUUUUUUUGAUACACCAUUUGAUUUAUUGCAUUUUGUUAGAUGAGUAGUGUCUAACGUGAAAUGAAAUUUGCUAAUUUCGUGGCGUUACUGAUCGCUACACUGUUAUGAGAUCAUCAUAUAAAUCA